CAGAAAUUACUAGAAGCAAAAAAUAUAUAUACAAAAAAAAGAAACCAAUAAUGUUUUCUGUUUUUUAAUUUAAUUUAGUAUAAGCUAAUAAAAUUACUCAAGAAUUCAAACCAUUGUUUUUAAAAGUACAUUAGUAUAAAUCAAACAUAUCCAGAAGGCUGAUUUCAUAAAAUAUACUAUAGUAUCUAGAAGACGGCUGAGAAAAUCACGCGCCGGGCGUUAGUAAGUGAGUAAACUAGAAGACAAUAAAUCAAACUCAGAGUCUAUUAAUGUUUUAUAAAAAAAUAAAAAAUAAAUAUCUAAGAGUUCGAGAAAGCACGAGGAACAUUCUCAUCCACACGAAAGUCUCCUAAGCUACGCGGUGUCGCAAGUCGUGACCACAUAACUCGCAUCUUCGUUCUCUACCCCUUCAUUUUCCACGUAAUUACGAUAACACCACACUUCCUUCCCUGCCACUUACUUAUCCACCAAGUCACAAGGGUAUAUCCGUCAUCUUUCCACACGUCUUCAGUCCACACAACAUAUCUAUAAAUACAUGCCAAACAAAAACACAAACACAACAACAGCUCACAACAAUAACAAUCACACCAACAUACCUACACACAAACCUUCAAUUUUAACAUCUGAAAAAAAAAUGGUUGCAAUUUCUGAGAUUAACUCGGCGGUGGAGGCAACGGCGGCGAACUGUCUGAUGCUUCUAUCAAGAAUCGGACAAGAACCCGUGGGAGAUCAAAAACGCGUUUUCACAUGUAAAACGUGUUUGAAAGAGUUUCAUUCGUUUCAAGCGUUGGGAGGUCACCGUGCGAGUCACAAGAAACCUAAUAGCAAUGAGAGUCUCUCUGGAUUAGUGAAGAAAGCUAAAGCACCGUCGUCGCAUCCUUGUCCGAUAUGCGGAGUGGAGUUUCCCAUGGGACAAGCUCUAGGAGGUCACAUGAGGAGACACAGGAACGAGAGUGGCGGAGCGUUGGUUACACGUGAUUUAUUGCCGGAGCCGACGAUGACGACGUUGAAGAAGUCGAGCAGUGGCAAGAGGGUUGCUUGUUUGGAUCUGAGUUUGGGGAUGGUGGAGAAUUUGAAUCUCAAGUUGGAGCUUGGAAGAACUGUUUGUUGAUUUGUUUUGUCUCAUUCUUUGAAUUUCCAUAAAUAGUUUAGAUUUGUAUAUACAUAUCUGCAGAAUUUAGGAAACUUUUAUAGAGUGUAAUCUUUUCUUUCCUAGUGAUUGGUGAAUAUAUUUACAUAGCAUUGGAGUUUAUGAUAUUUUUCACUUUUAUAAAAAUAAACAUCACAUAUUACUUACUUUUGUUUAAUUAACA